CCGGGUGCGCUGCAGCCGGCGGCGCGCGCGCGCGCGGGUCUCGAGCGCUCGCAGCCUCCGCGCCCGGCGCCGAGCCCCCGCCGCAGGGCGGCGACAUGAGCCGGCGUCCGUAGCCCUAGAGUCCCGCUCCUCCGCCGCGGCGGCCCGGCUGCGGUGACGGGCGCGCGCUGCCGGGUUUGGGACCAUGAAGCCGAGUCCGGCCGGGACGGCCAGGGAGCUGGAGCCGCAGGCGCCGGCCCGGGGCGAGCAGCGCGCGGUGGAGCCCGAGGGGCGCUGGCGGGAGAAGGGCGAGGCGGACACGGAGCGGCAGCGCACCCGGGAGCGCCAGGAGGCCACGCUGGCCGGCCUGGCGGAGCUGGAGUACCUGCGCCAGCGCCAGGAGCUGCUGGUCCGGGGCGCCCUGCGCGACGCCGGGGGCGCCGGGGCUGCUGCGCCCCGCGCCGGGGAGCUGCCGGGGGAGGCGGCGCAGCGCAGCCGCCUGGAGGAGAAGUUCUUAGAGGAGAACAUCUUGCUUUUGCGGAAGCAAUUGAAUUGUUUGAGGAGAAGAGAUGCUGGUUUGUUGAAUCAGUUGCAUGAACUUGACAAGCAGAUAAGUGACCUGAGACUGGAUGUAGAGAAGACAUCGGAAGAGCACCUGGAAACAGACAGCAGGCCCAGCUCAGGGUUCUAUGAGCUGAGUGAUGGGGCCUCAGGAUCCCUUUCCAAUUCCUCUAACUCGGUCUUCAGUGAGUGUUUAUCCACUUGUCAUUCCAGCACCUGCUUUUGCAGCCCCUUGGAGGCAACCUUGACUAUCUCAGAUGGUUGUCCCAAAUCUGCAGAUCUCCUGCGACGGCUGGAAUUUAGAGAGGGCCACUGUGAGGACCAGGCCUCGGGGGCUGUGGGCCGCUCCCCGUCCGCAGCACCAUGCCACGCCCUUGAUGUCAUUGCAGAUGUGAAUCCCAAGUACCAGUGUGAUCUGGUGUCCAAAAACGGGAACGACGUGUACCGCUACCCCAGCCCGCUUCACGCCGUGGCCGUGCAGAGCCCCAUGUUCCUCCUGUGCCUGGCGGGCAGCCCUCGGGAGGAGGAGCGGCUCGGGAGCCCGGCCGCCGGCGACGCGGGCGCUGGCGCGGAGCUGGAGCCCACCAAGGCGGACGGGUCCCUGCCGUCGCCGAGCGGCCUGUGGCCGGCUCCCCAGCCUUCCGCCAGCAAGAAGAUGGACGGCUACAUCCUGAGCCUGGUCCAGAAGAAAACGCACCCCGUAAGGACCAACAAGCCCAGAACGAGCGUGAGCGCCGACCCCAUGAAAGGGCUCCUGAGGAACGGGAGCGUGUGUGUCAGGGCGGCCGGCUCCCAGGGCGCUGGGGCCAACCCGAAGGCUCCCAGGCCGCCCUGUGCGCCCUCGGGCGGGCUGCCCUCUCUGGACAACAACGGGCCAUUCUCUCCACCCAAGCAGUGGGCGAAGGAAUCCAAGGCAGAACAACUGGAAAGCAAGAGGCUGCCCCCGCCGGAGGGCUGCUCGCCGCCGGGCGCUGCCUCAGAACCUCAAAGCAGGCAUCUGCCCAAAAACGCCAAGCCGGCCACGCAGGAGCCCGCGCGGGGUCCGGCCGCGGGACCCGCGGAGCCCCCGAAAGACACCGCCCCGAUCCCCGCCGCCUCGCCCAUGGACAGCCCUGCCAGGGGCCUGGCACCCCUGCCGGAGAACAAAGCUGCGCAGCCCCUGAAAAAGGCGCCGCAGAAAGCCAGCCUGCAGGCCGGGGCCCCUCCGGCCGCUGCUGCGCCCCCGCUGCUGCCCACCGCCUUCCCCGUGGAGGACAGGCCGGCCUUGGACUUCAAAAGCGAGGGCUCCUCUUCCCAGAGCCUCGAGGAGGGGCAUCUGGUCAAGGCUCAGUUCAUCCCCGGGCAGCCGCCGGGCGUCAGGCCCCACCGGGGCCACCGGAGCGCGGCCGUGGCCAGGAGCGCCACCCUGCGCCACCGUGGCCUGGCCCUGCAGGGCCUGGAGAGCGGGCUGCCCACGGUCCGGGAGAAAACCCGGGCGGCCAGCAAGAAGUGUCGCUUCCCCGACGACCUGGAUACAAAUAAGAAACUCAAGAAGGCCUCCAGCAAGGGGAGGAAGAGCGGCGUGGGGCCGGCCGACGGUGGUCUGCCCGGCAGGCCCCCGGGCAGCGGGGGCGCAGGCCACAGGGCUGGGAGCCGGGCGCACGGCCACGGACGGGAGGCGGUGGUGGCCAAACCUAAGCACAAGCGAACCGAUUACCGACGGUGGAAGUCCUCGGCGGAGAUUUCCUACGAAGAGGCCCUGCGGCGCGCCCGGCGGGGUCGGCGGGAGCACGUGGGCGCGUACCCCUCGCCCGUGGCGCUGCCCUACGCCAGCCCCUACGCCUACGUGGCCAGCGACUCCGAGUACUCGGCCGAGUGCGAGUCCCUCUUCCACUCCACCGUGGUGGACACGAGCGAGGACGAGCAGAGCAACUACACCACCAACUGCUUCGGGGACAGCGAGUCCAGCGUGAGCGAGGGCGACUUCGUGGGCGAGAGCACCACCACGAGCGACUCGGAGGAGAGCGGGGGCUUGAUCUGGUCGCAGUUCGUGCAGACGCUGCCCCUCCAGGCCGUCGCGGCCGCGGACCUCCACCACAACCCCAGGAAGACCUUUGUCAAAAUCAAGGCUUCCCACAACCUCAAGAAGAAAAUCCUCCGCUUCCGGUCGGGCUCUCUGAAACUGAUGACCACGGUCUGAUCAGAGAGGGUCGUUGGUGUAGACAGUGUCUUCCCCCACCCUCCCACCGCCCCAGUUACCGAAAACCAAUAAAAAGGUGGCGUCUGAAUUUUUGUGUAUGACCUUUAUGGAAUGCUUUUGUUAAGGUAAAGCCAAGGUAAACUCUGUCUCCUCCUCCUCACUUAGGGACGCUAGUGCCUUUAAUGGAAGGUGAAGAACGUUUUGCUAGUUAGAAGUAAGCGUUGAGGUGUUGAUGGUGGUGAUAGUGGGUGGUUCCGUGGUAUCAGCUGAUUUUUAUGUCAUAAUUUCUGAGCAUCUGUCAGGUACAGGUUUGGAUGUUGGGCGUUCUUGAGAUGGGAGUUUUGAUCCUGAGGUCGGGUGGGUAGCAUCUUAGGACCUAAUGUUUAUUCCACGAUGUGUUAGGGCAGUGUCUCCACCAGGGUUUCCUGGUCGAGGGUGCUCACAUAAGAGUUGUGUGAAGUAGGUACGAGAGGCAGUCAUGGUUUUCUAGCAUUUUUACACGUUAUCUCCAUUCCUUCUCGUCCUCUGAACUCUUCUGUUUACUGGACUCAGAACUUGCAAGACAGAACCCUACACCCAGAGAUGGCAGCCUGGGUAGGGAGGUUGUUAGUACCUUAAGAGGAUUCUCAAAAACUCUUGCCACACUUGGUGCCUAGGCCCUGGUUGCAAUAACCUCUUCUAGGGCCGUAUAGCCAACGUUUCGAUGCCUUUCUCCCCCACCCUAAUUUAUAGUUGAUGGAACCGUUUGUUCCUUGCAGGGCUUGCCUUUGGGAUGAAAUUUUGUCCUUGGGUACAGAGAAAUUCACUGUUACAGGAAGAACUCUUGGGAGUGCCUCCAAGCCUAAAAUUGCUCACUAAGCACUCUGCCUAAUCAUAUUAGUGCAAUCCAGCCCAGGUUGGACCACUGACCCUAUUUGAAAGGGCUUUCUUUCUUUCUUCUUUUUUUUUUUUUUUUUAUAAAAAGUGUUUUGGUAAACAGUGUUGUGUAAAAUUGCUUUUUUAUAUACCAAUAUAUGCAUGUGUUGUGCAUGAGUAGUAUUUGUUUUGAUAUUCCUGUUGAUGUUAAAUUACUGUAUGAUAUAAACAGUAUGUGUUUUUAUAUAUCAUUGUGUAAAUUUAAUAUAACAUAUGCUGUAAUAAACGGUUUGUUUUACUGCU